UGCACAUGGCCUAGCUUCCGAAUCGGAAUUAGUUCGCGCAGUUCUCUGCUUCGGCAGAUUCUGCAUCACAACCUCUGCCGGACACAACCGAGGUGAUUUGAUCCAGGAGUCAGUCUCCAUGCAGCAUGUUGUAUCCCCGUGUCCUCCGGCCGCGGCUGGGUCUGAGGAGCGGUUGGACGCUGGCCGCAUGGCCGCUUCCAUCUCUCCAGCGGUCGGUGAGACACCAGGCCUUUGAUGCUUCCUUCGAUCAGGAGCAGCUGGCCGAAGCGAGGAAGUGGCGCCAGUCGUUCCAAGUCAGCAGCCUGCCCAAGGGCAGCACGUCGUUCUCAAGAUCUAGCGGUCCUGGAGGCCAGCAUGUGAACAAGACCGAAACCAAGGCAACCACCACAUGGCCUGUGACCGAGCUCUUGAGUGUGCUUCCCCGGUUGCUACAUGCCGGCAUUCGGGAGUCGAAAUACUACUCCAAGCGGCAUGACUGCCUCACAAUCCAGGCCCAGACCCAGCGAAGCCGCAGUGCAAAUGCCGAUGAAAACCGCCAGAAGCUGUUCGAAGAGAUCGAGCGCCUGUAUCGCGCAACAGUGCCCGGGGAGAGCAGUCCAGAAAAGGCCAAUAAAUUUGAAGCGCUAAGGAAGAGCGCCAACGAGGCACGAGUGAAGUCAAAGAAACUGCACGGCUCCAAAAAGGCUUCCCGGAGGGGCUUUGGUGAAUGAAGAGAGAGAGAACGACCUAAGUCACACUACAUACGGAGAACGUUGCUGCGUAUUCCGUAUUCCGUACGGAGAGAUUCCAGCACUUGACCCACUUCUCUGCUAAGGUUCAAAUCCCUGCUGAAAGCGCCGAGCGGUGAGCCUGGUGGGGUGCAGUAAGGUACCUACACUAGAUAGGUGCAUUCACCGCCCGGCAAAAUAAAAAUAAUUCCGGAGCUUCUGACACCAGGUUCUCGGGCCCCUCCACUGCUGUGAGCGUU